CAUCAUUACUAGCUAUCUUGUCAGAUGCGCUUGCAAAAUGGCUUCCAAUGCUGGUGAUGAUUCCUUGUAUCCUAUUGCCGUUCUUAUCGAUGAAUUGCGCAAUGAAGACGUUCAGCUGCGACUGAAUUCUAUCAGAAAACUAUCAACAAUUGCUUUAGCUCUUGGUGUUGAGCGAACACGAUCUGAACUUAUUCCAUUUCUCACAGAUACUAUAUAUGAUGAAGAUGAAGUACUCCUUGCAUUGGCAGAGCAGCUUGGCACAUUUACACCUCUUGUUGGAGGACCUGAAUUUGUGCAUUGUUUAUUGCCUCCACUUGAAAGCUUAGCCACAGUAGAAGAAACUGUUGUCAGAGAUAAGGCAGUUGAUUCUUUGCGUGCAAUUGCUGCAGAACAUUCUUCUCCAGAUUUAGAAAACCAUUUUGUACCACUUGUUAAAAGGUUGUCUCAAGGUGAUUGGUUCACAUCCAGAACAUCAGCAUGUGGUUUAUUUCCUGCCUGUUAUCAAAGAGUAAAUGCAAAUAUCAAAGCUGAAUUACGACAGCAUUUUCGAACACUUUGUUCUGAUGAUACACCUAUGGUUCGAAGAGCAGCUGCUUCCAAGCUUGGGGAAUUUGCUAAAGUUGUUGAAUUGGAAUUUGUUAAAACAGAUCUCAUACCAACAUUUACAAGCCUUUCGUCAGAUGAACAGGACUCUGUAAGGCUGUUAGCUGUUGAGGCUUGUGUUAACAUUGCAUCAAUCCUGCCUCCUGAAGAUGUUGAAGCUCUGGUUAUGCCAAUGUUGAGAACUGCUGCCCAGGAUAAAUCCUGGCGUGUUCGGUAUAUGGUAGCAGAUAAAUUUACAGAGCUUCAGAAGGCAGUUGGCAGUGAGAUAACCAAAACAGAUUUGGUGCCAGCAUUUCAAAGUUUACUCAAAGAUUAUGAGGCUGAAGUGAGAGCUGCUGCUUCCGGAAAAGUCAAAGAAUUCUCAGACAAUUUAGGUGAAGACAUUAGAGAACAAAUCAUAAUGACAAAUAUUCUACCUUGUGUAAAGGACCUAGUGGUGGAUCCUAACCAGCACGUUAAAUCAGCACUAGCGUCUGUUAUCAUGGGUUUAUCACCAGUUGUUGGCAAAGACAACACAAUCGAGCAUUUACUUCCUUUAUUUCUAACAAUGCUCAAAGAUGAGUAUCCUGAAGUUAGAUUGAAUAUCAUCUCCAACCUAGACUGCGUUAAUCAAGUGAUCGGUAUUCAUCAGUUAUCUCAAUCUCUAUUGCCUGCAAUAGUUGAGCUUGCUGAAGAUAAUAAAUGGAGAGUGAGACUGGCAAUUAUAGAAUACAUGCCCUUGCUAGCCGGUCAGCUGGGUGUCGAAUUCUUUGAUGAAAAACUAAAUGCAUUGUGCAUGGCCUGGUUGGUUGACCACGUGUAUGCCAUAAGAGAAGCAGCAACGACCAAUUUAAAGAAGCUUGUCGAACAGUUUGGUCAAGACUGGGCAGCUACUCAGGUCAUCCCCAAAAUCCUUGCUAUGGCCCGAGAUCCAAACUAUCUUCACCGUCUGACGACUUUAUUUUCAAUAAAUGUUCUAGCAGAAGUCAUAGUGGCAGAAAAUGUAUCGAAAUUGAUGUUACCAACCGUGAUAAGUUUGGCUCAAGAUGCUGUGGCAAAUGUUAGAUUCAAUGUCGCUAAAACACUUCAAAAAAUUGGACCCAAACUUGAAGCAAGUAUGGUACAAGCACAAGUAAAGCCAUGUCUGGAUAAACUGAACAGCGAUGCGGACAUCGAUGUAAAAUAUUUCGCCCAAGAGGCUCUCACAGUAUUUUGAAGAUUGCAAUUCUAUAUUUCUACGACACCUCGAAAUUAAGAAGUAUUACGAUUUUAUGUGCAAUGGCUGAGUAAGGCUGCAUGGUAGAUUACAAAAUAAAGGUGAAACCUCAACAAUUAUUGUUUGGCUUGAUGAAAAAGUGUGUGAUAAUGUUUGAAAAAAGAAUGUAGUUUCUAAACUCGCUCCGUGGAAACAAAAUUAUGGUAUACAUCACCAUAUAGUAUAUACUGUUAUUUUCAAAACGGAGAGAAGAACAUCACAGUAUUAUGCACUUUUAGUAGGGGCAAGCAAACAAGUUAAGUAAAGAAUAGGGUUUAUUUUCUGCUGCUUCUGCUCAUUUCAAAACGCUUACUAAUUGUAAUACAUACAUUGUAAUCCCAAUGCAUGUCUUGUUCAAUUUCAAUAACUUAUUCUCGUAGUUUUCUUUGGUAUUGUUAGUGUAAAUAUAACUUGUUAGAAAUUUUCCCUGCUCUGUUAUAUUCUUUUAUUGCUUCACAUUGGUUUUUGGACAAUUCAUUUUGGUGCAGAAUUUAGCUUAAUUAGGCACUAUAUAUAUAUAAAUAUACAAAUCUACUGUGGUAAAUCUAUUCUUGAGUUCCAAUGUGAUUUCAUUCUUUAGAUAACUAAAUAAAGUUUUG